ACAAGCACAGCAAUAUGGUGGAGACUACAACUCCUCCCAGCGGCAUUGCUGUGAAACGUUAUGCCGUCGGCAUGGUUGGCGAGGGCAGCCCGCUUAGUGAACACCAGCUUCAGCUUCAGCAUCAUCACCAUCAGCAGCAACAACAACAACAACAACAACAUUUGCAACAUCAACUGCAACAACAACAAACCAACCUGCAACACGCAAACCAUGGCCGCCAGAGUUCGCGAUCCCCACCCGCGACUACACCGAACGCUGCGUAUUUGACGACCGCCAUGCUUUUGAAUUCGCAGCAGUGCGGCUAUUUGGGACAACGUUUGCAAUCCGUUUUGCAGCAACAACAGCAGAAACACCAACAGCCACAAUCACAAACUCCUUCCUCCGACGAUGGCUCCCAAUCGGGCGCUACCAUAAUUGAUGAUGAGCGUCCAUCCCGACCUGCGCCAGCUACAGCAACUGCUGCGGCGGCAGCCGCUUCACUUUUUACAAUUGACAGUAUUCUGGGUGGCUCGAGGUCAGCUGUGAAUAGCAACAAUUUAAACAGCAUCAACAACAACAGCAACAAUAAUAGCAAUCAUAUUAGCAUCGGCAGCACAAAACGGGCCGAUUCUCCCGCCUCACCCAGUUCUAACUCCAGCUCAGCGGCAACAAGUCCCAUACGACCACAACGAGUUCCAGCUAUGCUGCAACAUCCCGGCUUGCAUUUGGGACAUUUGGCCGCAGCAGCAGCGACCGGAUUUGCCGCCUCACCGUCCGAUUUCUUAGUUGCGUACCCGAACUUCUAUCCAAAUUACAUGCAUGCCGCCGCGGUGGCUCAUGUGGCUGCAGCGCAAAUGCAGGCGCAUGUCAGCGGUCAUGGUGCUGCGGCGGCCGCCUUGGCCGCACACACACAUCCCCACCAUGCGCAUCAUCUGCAUCAUCCUCAUCACCCGCAUCAUCAUGUGGCGCAUCAUUUGGGACAUGGUCCACCGCCGAAACGAAAGCGUCGUCAUCGCACAAUUUUCACCGAGGAACAAUUGGAGCAGCUGGAGGCGACUUUCGAUAAGACACAUUAUCCCGAUGUGGUGUUGCGCGAGCAGUUAGCACUGAAGGUCGAUCUGAAGGAGGAGCGUGUGGAGGUUUGGUUUAAGAAUCGCCGCGCAAAAUGGCGCAAACAAAAGCGUGAGGAACAAGAGCGGCUGCGUAAAUUGCAAGAGGAGCAAUGCAGUGGUGCUGGCAAUAACACAUCGACUGGGGUGGCUGGCGCCUCAAGCUUAGGCGCUGUUAACGGCACCGGUGCGGUAAUGGCCGCUGUGGCGAAUCUAAAGUGUGUCGCCGAGGAUUAUGCCAGCCAAUUGAGUCAUCACAUUAAAACGGAUCCUAAUAGUUAUAAUAGCGAUGCGGAUGAGUCAUCGGACUUGGAGGUGGCAUAAAAGCAUGCUACACAUUCAUUUGUACAUACAUACAUGGCGUGUUGUAAUUGUAGAUAUCCCUCCUAAUUUUUAAAUGAGAUGUAAAUUAUAAUUUUUAAGCAGUUAAAAAAGUAGAUUUGGCGGCGAUUAAAUAGAAUCAAAAGCUUCUGGUUGUAAAAUUCGUAAUCUAUAUUUAACAAAUUGCAAAUGUAUACAUACAUAUGUAGAUAUGUAUGUUAAUAUAUACUUAAGUGAUUACAAACAUAUGAAGUUAUUUGUCGCAUUUAACACACUUUUUAGUAUUUUAACUAA